UUUUAGCUCCAAAUAUACCCGCCCUUUCCAAAAGAAAAUUCCCGCGAUCUUUACUAGUAUUCAAUUCCGGAUCUGACAAAUAUGGAUCCAACACUUAACUUCCCUCAUUUGCAACAGUUUUGCUUAAAAAUAAUUUUCUCUCUUCAACACACUGACAAAACCUACAGAUCACUACCAUGGCUUCCGAGAAAGAAACCCUAGAAGAGAAGAAACAAGAAAAAGAAACAAACGAGCAAGAAGAAAAGGAAAAACAGAACAGUGAAGAAAGAAUAACUGAUGAUGAUAAGGAUGAAAUAGGAGAAGACAGAGAGGGUGCAGGGGAAAUGGAAGUAGACAAACAAGAGGAACAGGAAGAAUCUGAGGAAAAGGAAAAAGUUGUGAAGAAGGGAAAAGAUAGAGGUGCAAGGAAAAAGGAGGAAGGGAAAAGGGAUAAUAUGGAUUCGCCCACAACACCAGGUUCAAGGCCAUCGAGGGAAAGGAAAACAGUGGAGAGGUUUUCUGAGUCUUUGGCUGCUAGAGGUUCUGCAAUUAAGCCCUUGUCUAUUGAGAAGGGUAGAGGUACUCAACUGAAGGAUAUCCCAAAUGUGGCAUAUAAGUUGUCCAAGAGAAAACCGGAUGACAACCUGCAAAUACUUCACAGUAUUCUUUAUGGCAAGAGAACAAAGGCACAUAAUCUGAAGAAAAACAUAGGGCAGUUUUCUGGAUAUGUUUGGGUUGAAAAUGAGGAAAAACAUAGGUCAAAAGUGAAAGAGAAGCUUGACAAGUGUGUCAAAGAAAAGCUACUGGUUUUUUGUGAUAUACUCAAUAUCCCAGUCAGUAGAUCUGCAGCAAAGAAGGAUGAACUCUCUGUGAAGUUAGUAGACUUCCUGGAAUCUCCUCAUAGUACGACUGACUCGUUGCUUGCUGAUAAGGAACAGAAAAGUAAGAAGCUAAAAAGGAAGGGCACAACUUCCAAAAGCAAAGGUUCAUUGGAUAAAGCUACAGGAAAAUCCGCAAAGGUUAACUUUUUUUUAUUCUCUCCUUUCUCUUCAAAGGAAAUGACGGCCUGA